AUGCCUCGAGUCUUCCUCAUCACCGGCACGUCCACCGGCUUCGGUCGCGACUACGCCCAACAAGUCCUUGACCGGGGCGACAUUGUGGCCGCCACAGCGCGGGACCCAUCGCAGCUCUCCUUCACCAACACCACCCCGGACACAUACCUAGCUCUGCGUCUCGACGUCACCGACAAAUCCUCAAUCAAACAAGCCUUCUCCUCCACCCUCGAGAAAUUCGGCCGCAUCGACGUCGUGGUCAACAACGCCGGGUACGGUCUCGCGGGCUGUUUUGAGGAAUGCACCGAGGACCAAAUCCGGCAGCAGAUGGACAUCAAUUUCUUUGGGGUGUUGGAUGUCACCCGUGAGGCGUUGGAGACCAUGAGAGACAGGCAGGAACCACAGGGCGGGUUGAUCCAGCAGAUCACAAGCAUUGGCGGGCAGAGGGGGGUGCCGCUUUUCAGUAUCUAUUGUGCGAGUAAGUGGGCGGUCGAGGGCUUCACCGAGGCGCUCAGCCAUGAGGUCAAGCCUGAGUGGGGGAUCAAGUUCACGCUGAUCGAGCCGGGCGGGUUCAGAACAGACUGGGCCGGUCGCUCAAUGACCUUUGCUACACGCCACCCUGCCUAUGACCACCUCAACGCCGAGGAACGCAUGACGGCCCGGCACGGCACACAGGCGGGCGACCCCAAAAAGGGCGCAAAGGCCAUGUACGAGCUGGCCAUCAUGCCCAACCCUCCCUUGCGGGUCGUCAUCGGCACCGACGCCUACAAGGCCGUCAUGAACAAGCUGGAGCAGUACGAACAGAACUACACGAAAUACGCAACACUCAGCAAUUCGACCGAUGUGGACGGGUAA